AUGACACCUACGUCCUGCCAGUGCACAUUUUAUCGCAUGCGUAUCCAUCUCUCGCAGAGCACAAAACGUGCUUAUCAGUGUUUAUCAUUGCCGCCAUACACUUCAUUCUCGCGUCCUGCUUCCACUUCUAUAACGAUCCCGUGUUCAUUCAGCUCUACCUUCGUAUCGCGUUCUCGUGUUAUUCUACCUUUUAUUCGAACCGCAAAAUCCAUCACUACAUCCCCUCCUACACAACUAAGGAUAUCGACCUUGCGUAUUAGGCCAAAAGAUGACGAGGCUGCUGAAUACACACCAGAGAUGAAGGAGAUCGAAGACUCGCUCAGUGAUUAUUACCUCAAGCCUGGCUUCCCAUGGGGUUUCGUCGUGUACCGUGUAGCGUACGGGGAUGGCACGGACGCCAAAUGGUCUCGCUUGCUACAGAUCCUGGCAAAGGACGUCGAAAGUGACCUAAUCUCGCACAAGAAGAUGGAAACCAUGGGACCGAGGCAUCAGCUAGUGCCGAUGGAUAACCAGGAGAAAUUUGAAGGCAUGACGACGCACGAUGUUCGGAAGCAUUUCAGAUCCUGGGUAGUGGAUGAGCUGGAGGCAUGGUGGGCACAUCGACCAAGCCCAGAGGAGAUAGAUGAAAUGAGAACUGGCAAUAAGAGCCCUACUAAACUCUCCGUGGAUAUUGGUCUUGGAACGAGAUGGAAUAUUUGCGUUUAUGUCGAUGAUAGCUGUUUGGGCUCGUUGGAUAAUCCCUCUUGGCCUAUAAUCAAACUAGUGUGGAAAGACUGGUGGCCCCAAGAGAUGCCGGUGGAUAAAGACGACAUAGAUACAGAGAUGCCUCCAGAGGUUGAUGUUGGAUGGACAGAUCUACGGAUCGCAGAGUACAAUUGGAUGUAUGGUGUGCUAUGUGAGCAGGGUAGGAGGUUCGAUGAGUAUUGUAUUGCGGCGCAAAGGCUAGGGAUAUAA